GCCAUAAAAAUUCCUAGCAUACCAAAAGAAAUGUAUUUGUUCCGCGGAAAAUCAGGUUCAAUCGCAUAAUUUGACUAACUUCAGAAAGUUUGUUUAUCACCAUCGUGAUACCCUUCUAUAACUGAUUUUUGUUUCGUGAUCGGGUUUUUUCGCGCAUGCGAGCAAUUUUAGUCUCAGUAAAGUACAAGUUUCAAUAAAAUGGGGUAUCUUAAUCAACCUUCAUUAUUUUUCGCUGCUUUCCCGCCAACAACACUACGCUAUUUGGUGGCACCACUAAAUAGAUACGCUCCUGCAUUUCUCGUGCAUGUGCGAAAAAACCCGGCCAAUAUCUCAUCACUGUUCGUUGAUUGAUUGAUUGAUUGAUUGAUUAUUUAUUGUUGUGGUCGUUGACUACUAUGGUCAUUAGCCCGUCACUGUUCGUGAUCAUAUACGAAAUUUAUAUAUAAAUUAAUUUCUAAUUAAAACAAUAACAUAAAAAGAAAUGGAGGAAUGGAUAACUUUAUUACAUUCAAAAGUAAUUGCUGCAGAUAAGUAUGAAGAUAUGUUCCGAGAAUUCAAAUCUUUACACACAAAUAACGAACGUGUAGCAUAUACUCUUAAGAUUAUGUUAGAGUAUAAUCACAUUCCUAAACUGUGUGGAGAUGUAAAAAAUGCAGAGAAUUCUACAGAAUUAAGGAAUCAAGGAAAUAAUAAAUUUAAAUCAAAACCAUUAACGAAUUCUUUAUGCAUGGAUGUGUUACAACUAUAUACUAAAAGUAUAGCAUAUGCGCCUUAUCCAUCUGAAGAACUUGCAUUAGCAUAUGGCAACAGAUCUGCUAUUUUAAAAAGAUUACAUAAGUAUGAAGAAUGUAUCCAAGACAUAGAUACAGCCUUAGCUUUACCAUUUCCAAAUAAUUUAAAAUAUAAAUUAUACCAAAGAAAAAUUGAAUGUUUAAGUAUACUAAAUAACCCUAAAUUAACAAAUGCUAUUAAUGAAGCACAAUAUUGGUUAGAAAAAAUGACCAUAGAUAAUAAUACUCGUAAAAAAAUGAAUGACAUGUUUAUUUCUGCAGGACGAGUAUCAGUGUCAGAUAAAUCAAAUAAACAAAGUAUCACAAAACAGUCUUCACUUCCUGAGCUAAAGACUCACAAUCCUGAAAUUCCUUGUGCUUCUGAUGCAGUAACUCUAAAAUAUAAUGAACACUAUGGUAGACACUUUGUAGCUGCUCGUGACAUACAUCCUGGUGAAAUAAUUGCUGUUGAAAAAGCCUAUUCAGUAAUGUUGGAUCCUGACAAUUUGCAAACACAUUGUUCAAAUUGUUUAAAAGUAUCUUGGACUAAUAUACCUUGUAAUUAUUGUACAUAUGCCAUUUAUUGUUCUGAAGAAUGUAAACUGUCAGACUGGAAAAAAUAUCAUGACAUAGAAUGUUGCAUUGUUCCUUCAUUGUUAAAAAUGAAUUUUACAAGAAAAUACUUGAUGAGUUUAAGAUUAGCUAUUCAGGCAAUAAGAGAAAGUAAAAGCAUAGAGGACAUAAGAAAUGAAUUGAUAGAAGUUGAAAAUUGUAAUGAUCCUCGCACAAAAGGUUUUUCAAAAAAUGGAACCUUUGAAAGUAAUGCAUAUAGAAGUAUAUUAAGUUUGGAAACUAAUGUUGAAAAGAAUUCUGUUAUAACUCUCUUCAGAAGAUCUUUUGAAAGUAGUAUUAUUUUGUAUUAUUUAGCAGUAUAUACUGAUAUGUUUAGAACUCCUCUAAAAGAUUUGUCCCAAUUAAUAAACAACAUUGAUGUUGUGUUUAUUGGGGAACUUAUAUUAAGACACUUAUUAAUGAUUGGCGUUAAUGCUCAUUCGAUUGCUGAAGAGCGUGGAAUAAAUCUAGCCGAUCGUGGUGUUGCGGUAAUGGCAUUUCUUAGUCUAAUUAAUCACAGCUGUUGUGCACAAAUCCUAAGGAAUUCAGUGUCUAAUCAUAUGGUUGUUUAUGCUAUAUUUCCUAUCAAAAAAGAUGAACAGAUAUUUGAUGACUAUGGUCAGCUAUUUGGAAUUAAACCAAAAGCUGUGAGACAAGCAGAACUUCUAGAUCAGUAUUACUUUAAAUGCAAUUGUGUAGCUUGUUUGGAGAACUGGCCAUUAUAUCAUGAGCUGAAAUUAUCUUACAAUCCAAUUCAGCUAAAAGUAAACAAUGCGGAGAGAAUUAAUUAUUUGGUAAAAAAAUUAAAGACAUAUCAUGUGAUGGCUGUAAAAGGAUAUAUAUUUAAGGAACAUGAGAGAGAUGAGUUAUUAGAAAUAAUGGAAAUAAUGUAUGAAUCAGUACCAAUGCCUAAUGCUGCUAUAUGUGAAGUAGCAGAAUUUUUGAAACGUGCUUAUACUUUAAGUGGAAAUAGAUUUGAUAUUCCAGAGUUGUAAUUGUAAGAAUGGCUUAAGUAAAAAUCCAAGGAUUUAUGUAAACGUGUUUGUCCGCUCUCUCGUCCGUUAAACAAACGACGAUCGGCAAUAAUUUUUACGAUGUAUAUGUAUCUCGCAUAGGGCACGCUUACAUAAUAUAUGCCAAACAUAUUUAUAAAAUGUUUUUAAUUUGUUAUCAAUUAAAAUUUCAGUGAUGCUUUUACCAUAUGACAAAGGUUGAGAUAGUGACAAAAAUAGAGUGUGUAUAAAAAAUUUUUUAUACAAAAUAAAAUCUGAGGUUUGAAAUA